AUGGCUCUAUCGUCACCAUCAACCACAAUAUUCAAUCUUUCUAAAGAAGAUCUCAGCUCGAUUUUGCGAACUCUGAAACCAGCAAUCGGUGAGGCAACUGCAAAUUCGAUGUCUGUUUGUGAACUUCGAGCCCGUAUCACCGAAUGGCUAAUGCUAAAUGAUUUAUCAACAAUGCAUGAUUUCAAACAUCUGGAAAAUUCGCAACAGUGGAAGGUCCCUGAUAGAGCUGAUCACUGUAUAUCAUGUGGCAAAUACGCCGUUACUUCCAUCGGAAACGCUACAGCAAAAAGUACCAGUCCAAUAACUGACCAGCCAUUAACAAGUCGAGAAUCGCUAGUGUUUGUUGGCAGGUCGACUAGUUUACCUUCGUCUGUUUUACAAAUCAUAGAUUUCACGAAACCUCUAAAUUCAAGUGUCAUUUUAAAAACGCUGCAUGAUCGAAAUGGCAACGAAGUGGUGGAUAAAAACAAACAUGCUUAUGUGUACGGAAAAGAUCUAUGCAAUAAAAGUUCAAUUCAAAGAUUUCUAAUGGGUGUUACUGCUGAAGCAUAUUUCAUAUGGUAG